AUGCGGCCUCAACGCGAAUACCAUAUUGUUGUUCUGGGCGCUGCGCAAUUCGUCCAAAAUGUUUGGAUCGAAAGCUACGACCCGACGAUCGAGGAUUCAUACAGGAAACAGAUUGAGGUAGAUGGUCGACAAUGCAUACUGGAGAUUCUUGAUACCGCCGGAACAGAACAAUUCACGGCAAUGAGAGAACUCUACAUGAAGCAGGGCCAAGGCUUCCUCCUCGUCUUCUCGAUUACAAGCAUGUCCUCCCUAAACGAACUCUCCGAGCUCCGCGAACAAAUCAUUCGAAUCAAAGACGACGAAAAAGUCCCAAUCGUAAUCGUGGGCAACAAAUCCGAUCUGGAAGAAGAUCGCGCCGUGCCCCGAGCUCGUGCCUUCGGCCUAUCCCAGAAUUGGGGAAACGCGCCAUAUUACGAGACCUCGGCCCGCCGCCGCGCAAACGUGAACGAGGUCUUCAUCGACCUGUGUCGUCAGAUUAUCCGCAAAGACUCUGAGGGCUCAAGGACCAGCAGUGAUCCGAACCGCCGGCGCGAUGGUCCCAGUCGUGAUCGGAAAAAGGAAAAUAAGCGGCCCCGAAAUCGUCGUGGGCCCUGUAUCAUUCUUUGA